AUGGCCCUCAACCCAGACAGCGUCCAGACUUCGAAGUCUACACCGACAAAUGACUCUGGAGUCCAAAAUGCAAACGAGAAAGUCGUUAGGGUCUCGGACUCUGAAACCACUCAAAAGAUUCGCCACCGUAUCUUGGAGGAGCGAGCAGGUGAUCGUGUUGCGGAAAAGCCUUAUACUAAUAUUUCGAGUCUGUGGCGCCGGCAAACCAUCUCGCACAAGCCGGACGAGAUCGCAACCCAACCUUCGGUAUUCGACGACCCCCAGUUGGCUGUUUACUUUCAGCCGUCUGAAAAUUACGAGAACCGGCAUCGUUUUGACCCCGACUUCCGAUGGACCUGGGCAGAAGAGACUCCCUUGGUCAAGAAGAUUGACUGGAGAGUCACCGCUUGGUCUUGCGUCGCCUUCUUCGCCCUCGACCUGGACCGGUCCAACAUCAGCCAAGCCAAUUCAGACAACUUCCUUGAUGAUCUUGGGCUUGACACCAAUGACUACAAUUUUGGUCAAACUGUAUUCAGGGUCUCAUUUCUUCUGGCUGAGCUGCCCAGUCAGUUGAUCAGUAAGAAGAUUGGACCACUGGCGCUGUUUUGGAUGGCGAAUCGUUUGACCGAUGUCAUCGCCCCCUUACUAGCGUACGGGCUUCUCCGAUUGCGAGGGUACCACGGAUAUGAAGGUUGGCGCUGGCUGUUUCUUUUAGAAGGUAUCCUGACACUGGUGAUUGGGAUAUGGUCCGUGUUCAUCAUGGUGCCAUCCCCAACUCAGACCAGGGCGCCUUGGCGGCCUAAAGGCUGGUUCACGGAGCAUGAGGAAAAGAUCAUGGUCACCCGUAUACUUCGAGACGAUCCCUCCAAGAGCGACAUGCAUAAUCGUCAGGCCAUUACAUUCAAGAUGCUUUGGGAGUCCUUGUGCGACUAUGACUUGUGGCCUAUCUACAUUAUCGGGCUCACAUUCGGUGUUCCGGCUGGACCACCUGACCAGUACCUUACUCUUACACUGCGACAACUUGGAUUCGACACUUUCGAUACGAACCUUCUCAGCAUUCCAUGCCAAGUUACAACCACGCUGAACCUAACCAAGGAUGACACAGAUGUUGCUGUUGACAUGGUUCUCGGAGAGAAUCAAUCAGCGGGCCCUGCUUGGCGGUUUCGUUCAGUUGUGGCUCUUACCAUGCGUGAUUGCCCUUGCGGUCAUACCAUCCGAUGUCAAUCGAUGGGCCUCAUAUGCAUUGGUGAUUGUGCUGCUGUCUUACCCCUCGCCCCAUCCCAUAUACAGUCCAUUAUCAGCGCUAAUAUCUACCGGCGAGACGAUCGCCCGCAGUAUCGCCGCGGCAACAGGGUUUUGGUUGGAAUUGCCAGUUUGAACAUCGUGGUGUACGCAUGCGCCAAGUUCUACUAUGUUUGGAGAAACAAGCAGCGAGACCAGAUUUGGGACGCCAUGUCACCAGAGGAGCGUCAGCGAUAUUUGGAUACUACCACAGACAAGGGCAGCAAGAGACUGGACUUCAGAUUUGUGAGUUGA